AUGACUAUCCGAGAGAGAUUGGAAGCAGACAUAAUAGCGGCCAUGCGCAGCCGAAACCAGCAACGACUGGACGCCCUUCGUUAUCUUAAAAGCGCGAUCAACCGGGUAGAGAUCGACCGCAGGGUUACGCUCGAUGACGCCGGCGUUACCGAAGUCGUGGUACGACAAGUCAAAGACCGCCGUGACAGCAUCCGAAUGUUUGAAGAAGGCAACCGUACUGACCUGGUUGCCAAGGAAUCCGCCGACCUUGCGAUCCUGGAAGAAUAUAUGCCCAUGCAAAUGGGUGAGGAAGAGAUUACUGCGCUGGUAAAGGACGUGAUUCAGCAGGUGGGCGCAGAAACCAUUCGCGACAAGGGCAAGGUUAUGGGCCGCCUGAUGCCGCAGGUGCAAGGCAAGGCCGACGGCCAGCAGGUUAACACUAUCGUCACCAACAUCCUUGAAUCGAACGGUUAA